UUAGAACAAAAGCAAAUGUCAAAAUCAUUUGCGUCCUUUUACGCGGCUUACAAUUGCUAACCAAUAAAAACGUUUUCCAGAGUACUCCUCAAACGAACAGAAAGUAUUUGUUGAUUAAACAAAGGAAAUAUCUGUAGCCAUUCGCGGAUAACGCUUCAGUUUCAACGGAGAAUUAUUAAUCACAAAAAAUGUCGAUCGGAGUUCCAAUUAAAGUGCUGCACGAGGCAGAAGGGCAUAUUGUCACCUGCGAAACAAUCACCGGCGAAGUGUAUCGAGGCAAAUUGAUCGAAGCUGAGGACAACAUGAACUGCCAAAUGACACAGAUAACCGUCACUUUUCGCGAUGGCCGAACGGCAAAUUUGGAAAAUGUUUACAUUCGCGGAUCGAAAAUUCGGUUUAUGAUACUGCCCGACAUGUUAAAGAAUGCCCCGAUGUUUAAGAAACAGGGUCCUAAAUCGGGUACAGCCGGCCGAGGCAAAUCGGCAAUGAUACGAGCGCAAACGUCGCGUGGAAGAGGUCGAGGAGGACCGCCAGGAAGAGGUGGACAGGCUGGAAGAGGCGGAACGUUCCCGGAAAAGUAUACGGGCGGAAGGGGACGUGGUGGACUUUAACUGUAAAAUGCGAUAAGAUAUGGGUGAUGCUGAUGAUGAAGGUGUUCCAGUGGAGCCGAAAUCAUUAUUUUAAAAUCGGUGGAGAAAUGAAACAGAUUUUUCGAUGUGUAAUUUUUUCCCACACUAAAUAACAUCUUGGAAUACAUGCGUAAAAGUGAAA